AUGUUUUCAAAAUCAACUAAACCUACAUCAAUACCAUUGAAAAAAGCAUUUUCAUCAAAUAAUUAAUAAAAGUAACCAUUAGUUAGUAAACCUUCUAUUUUACAAAAUUAAUCAAUAAAUUAAGUUUAAAAGCCAUCAUUGCAUACUAUAUAAAAGAAAUAAUAAUAAAAUUAAGAAGAAUAAAAAUCUUAGUAAAAUGAAAGCUAAAAUAAAUUUUAAUAAAAGCCAUCUUCUAAAUUUACUUCUAUAAAGACUGUUGACCUCUUUUCAAAAGCAAAUAACUAAAACAGUAAUUCAUUUGCUUAUGUUUAUAAUGCAGGUGGUAUACCAUGUAGAGUAAAUCAUGGAAGUAUUAAAAUGAACAUUUAGUGGAAUUAAGGUGUAAACUUAAAAGAUUUACCUUAUGAUCCUUUACUUGCUACUUGUUUUGAAGGACUUACUGAAGAAAAGCACCCUUAUAAUUUUAUUGCUUAUAAUUGUACUAAGGAAAUGCUUGAAUAAGAAGAUGCGGGAUAAAAAAUAGUACCAAUGAUAAAUAAACUUGUUUGGCCACUAAAGAAUUCUUUAUAAAGCAAAAAUUAAUAAAAUUUCGAUAAUGCUUUAACUAUUUUAAAAUUAUUAUCUGAUACUAUUGGACCUAAUUUAAAUCCCCAUAUAAAAAAUAUACUUUAGCCUAUAGUAAUUUAGAUGAAUAAAUAAAUGUUAAGAGAAAAAAUCACAAUUACUUUAAGAGCACUAGAAGAAAAUGGAGGAGCAGAUGUAGUUAAAAUCAUAAAAUCAGCAAUUCCAACUUACACUAAUAUAAUAAGAAUGUCUUCUUAACUUACAGAAAAUUUUAAAGGCAUAAAUGAAAUUAUAACAUAAUUCAUAUAAUAAAUAGGAGAUUGUCAAAAAAGAGAAGAUUUUAAUAUUCAAAAAAUUAAAUCUACAUUUGAAAUAUUUACAAAAAAUAUGGAUUAAUUAUUAUACCAAAUUAACCAAGAUUAUGAAAACCUAGAAAAAGUAUUAUAAAAGCAUGAAAGUGAUAUUAGAAAUCGUAUUAGAACUGAACAAUAAUUAAAGUUGUUUAUAGAAUCUUUAUAGUAAAAAAUUGAAGAAUGUGAAUAAGAAUAAAGAGGAAUUUUAAAAGAAGUGAGAAGAGCUCUUUUAGGAAAAGAUGUUGAUGAAGUUUAAGACGAAUAAAUAUCAUAAGAAGAUUUUGACGAACCUCAAGAAGAUUUUUUACACGAAGGACUAUCCCAUGAUGAGUUUUUAAGACGUGCUUAGAAAUAUUAAUUAUAAUUAUUCUAAAAAUAAAUACCAGAUCCGUUUGUAAAAGAUUAAAUAAACUCUCAGUAUGGAAAUUAUAGUUCUUAUGACCGAAAUUACUUAUAACUUAAAAAAAUACAUUAAACAGUCCCAAAAAUGGAAUAAAUAGCUUAUGGAUAAUACAAAUUGCACUCUUUUAUGAAGAAUAAUUUACUUGAAUAAGAAGGAUAUCAUGAAUUAUGGGAUGAUUUCUAAAAAGAGCUAAAAGAUUAAAAAGUACAAAUGGGUGAAGAUUAAGCACUUGAGGAAUUCUAUAAAUUCGUGGAAGAAGUUUAAAAAGAAGAUGAUGAAUAUGUACCCGAAUUCGAAGAAAUGGAUAAUACAAAUUUUGAUGAUCCUGUUGAAAUGAGAGGUCUUGAUGAUCCUCGUCUUUCGCCAAAAGCAAGAGAUGAUAUUUAUGAAUUAUAUUAAAAAGGGUGGAGUAUUAAAGAUAUAUGUACUAGAUAUGGUAUUAUACCUGAAAGAACAAAAGCUGUUAUUUGGUAAUGUGAAAAAUUUUAUACUUAAAUUCUUCCAAAAGCAGAUCCUUUAUUAGUUUAUUUGACAUAUUAGAUGGAAGAAGAAUGGGCUGAAGAAAAUGGAGGCUGGUAAGAUUAUGGAAUUGAUUUAGAAGAUUUGAUAGAAAGAGAAAGAGGUACACACAGUUUAACAUUUGAAAAAUAAAGAGAAGUUGAUUUUGGUAAUCCUUCCAAAAAAUGGACAAAAGAAGAAAGGGAAUAAAUUAAAUUCAGGCAUACACCAAAAUCUGAAAAAAUUACAUAGAAAUUAGAUGGGGGUAUAUAUCAAAGAGGGUAUCUUAUUAAAGAUUGGAAGGCUCAUAGAGGUAAAUGUAGAUAAGAUGUUAGUAGAGCUUUUAAAAGAAUUGUAGAACAUUCACAUGAACCUCAUAGAUUACCAAGUAGUUCAAUACUUAAAUUAAAAAAUGGGCCAAGAAUUGGAGCUUAAGGAUUAGGAACUAAACUUUGA